GUACCUGGAGUGCCAUCAGAUGAUUCACCUUCAAGUAGCAUCAGUAAAAAUUCUUUUGGAUGCUUUCAAAGGAGAUCAUCGUUCUGAAGAACUUUCAACUUUUAUUUGCAACAGCCGCUCUGGAUUAGCAUCUGGAUUUCACUUCUGGUGUUCUGUGUAUGCUACCACUACAGAAUUCCCUAUUGCAGCACCUUCUCUUAACAUCACUCCCAAAACGUAUAGACACAUAAUUAUGUGUCUGCAUUUUAAUGAACCCUUGUAGCUGUAUUUGAAUGCUUUAAAAUCACUGUAUAGCAGAGUUAUAAAAGCAUUAAGGUUUUUUUUUUUCAUGCAGUGUAAGGUAGAUAUGUUUUUCAUAUGCUAGAAAAGCUAGUACCUUUCUGGGCAGUAUGACAGUAUUAUAUAUGAAUUAGAGCUACUUCUGGAUCAUCUGCUCAAGUUCCACUGUGACCUCUUAGUGUUUAUUAAAUAAAUAGUUAUUGAUAAAUUUUUAAGAUCUUGAAACCUGACUUUGAUAAAAUAAUCAUGUACCUAAUAUAGUAUUUCCAUGCCAAAGCAACAGUGAUGACUGGCUGUGUAAAAUAAUGUUUUUAGCAAACCCUUUUAAUCUAAAAUGAGUCUAGUAUUUCUGAUCAUUUAGUAAUUAUUUAAAAUUUUAAUUUUCCAGAGAAUGAAAUGAUGUCCUGACCCUGCUAUAAAAAUUUGUUUUAUAGGCAUUUGCUUCACAUGAUUUAAAAUGAAGUCCUAAAUAACGAAUUUACAUUUGAAUGUUAAAUUACUGAUGCCAAUAUAUAAACAUAAUAAUCCUACUCAGAUAAUAAUUAAUCUUAAACUGGUAAUAAAGGAAGUUUAGCUUUGUGGAAAUUUUGUUUGUAGCAGACUGAACUUUGCUACAAGUCUGAUACUGGAAGUGUCGGAAAUGAAGUUCUAAGAUAGCUUAGUUUUAUGUAAGAAAGUUGGGCAAUAGGUAACUCCCAUUUUUUAUACUGUGUAUGUUUUAUGGGCUUUAAAGAAUAAAGUGGUGUUUAUUCUUUUAUUAGUUAAGAAAUACUAUUUUGAUCUCUAUUUUUAAAUUGAUAAGAAAACACCUGGUAUAGUUAUUGGCAUUUGCUAAUAUUUAGUAUUACAGUUAUUGCACAAACCACAUUGUUUAAAGCCAAACUUACACAGCAAUGAGAAAUGUCUAAAAGACCUCAAGUCCAUAUUUUUGUUGGAGCACCCAGUAUUCCAAGUCAGCUGGAGGUGUCAGAACAUAGUAGCUCAGUGCCUGCUGCUGAAAAAUGGAGAGAACUCCACUGUUCAUGUGAUAGACGCGGUCUUUUUUCUGAAAAAUGCAAAAGUACUGACUGUUUAGUGUUUCAGGCUGAAAGAUCUACGAUCACAGCCGCUCCUACAAAUGUUUACUGCUCCCAGCUAUCUGAACAGAGGAGCUUAACGGUAGCAGGAGAGUAUUUGACGACAUCUGUAACUUUGGAAACCAAUGCCAGUACUCCUAAGAUGAUUGGCAGUUUAAUUUACUCUGGUUGUCAAUUAUCUAAAGAUAGAGACACGCACACAAACAUAAAUCAGGCUGCAGAUCAACACCUUCCUCAACAGUUUGGAAGACUGGACAAGUGGGAUGCAAAAUGGUCACAUGGCUGUUGUUCCUUCCCCACUGAAGGAAAAGCCAGUUAUUUGGAAGUUAACCGCGCUGACAUUUCUGAUUUAGUUGCCUCUACUAAGCAGAUUAGCAUACAUCUGAGGUCUGUGCGAAAAGACGUUCAAUCAGAUCAUAUAAGUGAUUGCCACGAACAUCUAAGUCGAUAUCUGGAUAUGUGUUCCCCCCUAAAUCAAGAGUCAAAACCAAAAGGAGAACUAAGCGAUUGUUCAAACCUUGCGGUGUCAACUGAUACUGAAUUUCAUAGUAUAAUGACUUCAAGUCAGAUGGCUGUUUUUGCACAAGAUCGCUUUAAGAAACAGAAUGAGAUGCAGAAAAGAACCAUGAAACUACUGGAAACAGAAGCAGGGAAUAAACAUGAAGAAAGGCAAUAUGAACACCGCAGUCUUAAUUCUGAUGUCAGAACAUGUCAUACUGUGGCUGAAGAUGCAUGUGAACAAGUAUACGAGUCUACAAAUUCUCUUGAACUUUUUAAUUCUGAGAGUGAUGGCAGAACCUUUUGUUUUGACGCGACAAAAAGAGAGGAAAAACCGUUGAGCUCAGGAAUACUGUGCUCCCAAGUAAGCAGUUCUCAUAACAGCUCUUCUAAAAGAGUCUGCACGUCUGAAGACUCUCUUUAUAUUUUUCACUCAGCAUGUAAAAGGCAGCUGAAAUCAAAGAGAGCUAAACUGAAUUCUUCUCCAGCUGGUCCUGGAAUGAGGAUGGAUCAAGAGAGGAUGACAGAGGUCAAGAAACUUCAAAAGCGUCUUCUGUCACUACUUAAGAAUUGCUGCUGCAAAAAUCAAAAGUACAAUGUUUUGGUUGCAAUAGUACAUCCCUGUCAUAUUAAAGAAUUACAGAUAAAGACAAGACCCAAAUCUUCAUCUAAAGUUCCUAUAGCAACAAUUGUAGUUACUGACCAGUCCAAAAUCGAGAGAAAAGUUGUGCUGUGGCGUGCUGCUGCGUUUUGGUCACUCACUGUGUUUCCUGGGGAUGUCGUACUACUUACAGAUAUCAUUAUGUAUGAGAAUCUCUGGUGUGGAGAAAUCCUGCUGCAAUCUACAUGUACCAGUCAGUUACUGAAUCUGGGAAACUGCUCAGCUCUCAACACAAAAGAAUUUCAUCAUAUAGUGGAUGUCGGUGUUCUGCAUGGUUUAUUGGCCUACAUAUCGUCAGAAUUUCCCCACUUUGGAGACCUUCCAUGUAGAGAAGUUCAGAGAUUGGAUAGUGUUCAGCAUGUUCAGCUAGACCAGCUUCAGUCAAAUACGUUGGUUCACUUAGUUUUAAAAAUUAUCAGCAUCGCCAUAUUAACAGAAUCUGUGUACAGCUACAAAGGGGGCAGCCAAAGAAAAGUUAUUUUAACAGUAGAACAGAACAGAGAUCAACAUUAUAGGAUGGUGCUGUGGGGAGCAGGGGCAGCCUGGUGCCCUCAGCUUCAGAAGAGAAAAGAUCACAUAUGGGACUUUAAAUACCUUCUUGUCCAGCAUAGUUCCGUCUCAGGUGACUUUGAACUGCACACAACUCCAUGGUCAUCCUGUGAGUGCUUGUUUGAUGAUGACAAAAGGGCAAUUGAAUUUAAAGAAAGGUUUCAGAAAAACAAAACGUCGCUCAUGAAAAUGACAAAUCUCUCGGCACAUUUGGAGGAAAAAUGCUCAGGAGUGAUUCAACUGAAAGCCCAUAUCUUAGAGUUGAAGUUUACAGUUUCAACGGGCCAGUACAGUCAACUCAUCUUCCAUUCCAGCACUUCCCUGGAUAGUGUUUUGGCUUCUCUGCCUAUGAUUACCUAUUCAGGUUGUGCUAAAUGUGGUUCAGAACUACAGGCAGAUGAGAACAAGAUCUACAAGCAAUGCGUUAGAUGUUUGCCGUACAACAAAGUAAAAACAUUCUACAGACCUGCUUUGAUGACAGUCGAAGAUGGAGGAUAUGAAAUCUAUGUUCACGUGGUGUCUGAGUUGAUGGAAAAAAUCUUCCUCAAUAUACCUGCAGACUGGCUGAACAGAUUAGUAGUGCCCUCCUCAGGUGUAACCUACAGCAUAAUAGUAGCAGAUCUGUGUCAUUCGCUGCUAGCAGAUACAGAAGCAUCCUAUUUGUUGGAAAUUAGGAGCCGUUUUGUGCUAGAUGAAAACAGCUGUCCUUUGCAAAAGGAUUUCCAUCUGCUGAAUUUUCAUCCUGAUCUCUGAAGCAUUGACCUCUGCAAUAACUGGUUAACAGACUGUAUGAACAAGCAGAUUGCAAAUAGGAAAAGGAAAAUGAAUUAGCUCAAGGAAGCAAAUCAAAAUACAAGAAAGAAUUUUAUAUUUAAUUUAUUCAAAAACCAAAGGGACUGGUAUGGAAUGUCUGCUAAUUGUAUGUACUGCUACUGUACUACUGAUUAAUUAUCACAAAAUAUAUUUUUAUACAUAUGAUUUUAUCUUAAUAAAAACCUCUUACUGAUAUCUCACUUUGGCUCUUCUCUCCAGGGGCAGCUCUCUAGUGUUGAGAGACUGUGAACUCUCGUGGAUAUGGCAGAUUGGAGGGAGAUAGUUGCAAUUCUGUGGUAUCAUUUUAGUUCUAAGAUUUCCUUCUAUGUUUGUCUUAUGCUGCGUCUUCUCCCUAACUUGGGAAUUUCUUUGAACUUGCUCUCCUGUUGUGGUUGCUUUUCUUGUUUGAACAGCAGAAUUUUUGUUAUUUUUCUCCAGUGAUUUUGCUGUUGCUGUCUUCUCUUGUAAAAUAGCUCUAUUUCAUUGAGAAACUAAUUUUGUUUAGCUAGAAGUUGUCACACCGAUUUAGCUAAUCUACUUAAAACCUCUUUUAAUUAAAUCAAUACAUUCUUUCAUGGACCCCUUAAAUCAUUGAGUUGUUGUAUGUGUUAUUAAAGCAUAAGCUGGCCAAUA